UGGGAAUGCAACCCAGCAGGUCUCAGCCUCAUUUUACCCAGCCCCUGUUCAAGAUGGACUCGCUCUUGUUGGAAACUUCUGACAAAAUGACAGCUCCUGUCAUGUUGCUGCUGCUGCCAAUGGACAGCCCCUAACGUGCCCACCAGCCCUGCUCCACGGCCGGCCUGGGCUCACUUUCCCUCCUCCAACUUCCUAGCCCGUUAGUUCCUCAAAUCUACAAGCUCUCUGCCUUCCCAGGGCCUUCAUAGAUGCAUCUUCUCUGUCUGGAAGGCUCUUCUCCCUCUUCUAGCCAAGUCCUAUUCAUCCUUGAGUUUCAGAUUAAAAUCACUUCCUUUGGAAGCCUUACCCUUGCACUUCUUGGCAGCAUCACAACUAUAAUGGAGAUCCUUUGGUUUCUAGGUCAUCCCCUGACAGGGACAGUAGGGACUGUCUAUCUCGUUCGUUCAUCAGUAGGGCAGUAGCUACGGCAGUACCCGAUACAAAAUAAACUCCAAAGUGUAUUUAUUAGACUGUUGGAUGGGUGGAAGUUAUCUGCCAGUGAAAGCGCGUUUUACCUGAAGGCGUUCUGUGAGGGCCAGCGGGUCCCUUUCGGCUCUGGACGCUUCAGGUUGCCGGGGUCACGCGCUCCCCACCGCGUGCGGUCACUAGACACCCCCAAGGGCGCAGCCUGGGACCCGGAAGCCGAGACUCCCGGCCCCGAGGCCCGGCUUGGCCUUCGGGUCCACGUGGCCGGAGGCCCGCAGCUGAUUGGACGGGGGUCGCCCCGCCCCCUGGCAGUCACGAGCCCCCGCCGGGCUGAGGCCAUGGAAGCGGUGGCCGUGGCGGUAGGGGUCCUGCUCCUGGCUGGGGCUGGGGGUGCGGCAGGCGACGAGGCCGGGGAGGCGGCCGCCGUGCGGGCGCUCGUGGCCCGGCUGCUGGGGCCCGGCCCCGCGGCAAACUUCUCGGUGUCGGUGGAGCGCGCCCUGGCGGCCGAGCCGGGCUUUGACACCUAUAGCCUGAGCGGCGGCGGCGCGGCGCUGGUGCGGGUGCGCGGCUCCACGGGCGUGGCGGCCGCCGCCGGGCUGCACCGCUACCUGCGCGACUUCUGUGGCUGCCACGUGGCCUGGUCCGGCUCUCAGUUGCGCCUGCCGCGGCCACUGCCCGCCGUGCCUGGGGAGUUGACCGAGGCCACGCCUAACAGGUACCGCUAUUACCAGAAUGUGUGCACGCAAAGCUACUCCUUCGUGUGGUGGGACUGGGCCCGCUGGGAGCGAGAGAUAGACUGGAUGGCGCUGAAUGGGAUCAACCUGGCAUUGGCCUGGAGCGGCCAGGAGGCCAUCUGGCAGCGGGUGUACCUGGCUUUGGGCCUGACCCAGGCAGAGAUUGAUGAGUUCUUUACUGGUCCUGCCUUCCUGGCCUGGGGGCGUAUGGGCAAUCUGCACACCUGGGAUGGCCCCUUGCCCCACGCCUGGCACAUCAAGCAGCUUUACCUGCAGCACCGGAUCCUGGACCGGAUGCGCUGCUUCGGCAUGAUCCCAGUGCUACCUGCGUUCUCGGGCCAUGUUCCCAGGGCUAUCACCAGGGUGUUCCCUCGGGUCAAUGUCACCCAGAUGGGCAGUUGGGGACACUUCAACUGCUCCUACUCCUGCUCCUUUCUUCUGGCUCCAGAAGACCCCAUAUUCCCCAUCCUCGGGAGCCUCUUUCUGCGAGAGCUGACUAAAGAGUUUGGCACAGAUCACAUCUAUGGGGCCGACACUUUCAACGAGAUGCAGCCUCCCUCCUCGGAGCCCUCCUACCUUGCCGCAGCCACUGCUGCCGUCUAUGAGGCCAUGAUUGCAGUGGAUGCGCAUGCUGUGUGGCUGCUCCAAGGCUGGCUCUUCCAGCACCAGCCGCAGUUCUGGGGGCCUGCCCAGGUCAGGGCUGUGCUGGGGGCUGUGCCCCGUGGCCGCCUGCUGGUUCUGGACCUGUUUGCUGAGAGCCAGCCUGUAUACACCCGCACCGCCUCCUUCCAGGGCCAGCCCUUCAUCUGGUGCAUGCUGCACAACUUCGGGGGCAACCAUGGUCUGUUUGGAGCCCUAGAGGCCGUGAACCGAGGCCCACAAGCUGCCCGCCUCUUCCCCAACUCCACCAUGGUAGGCACUGGCAUGGCCCCUGAGGGCAUCAGCCAGAACGAAGUGGUCUAUUCCCUCAUGGCUGAGCUGAGCUGGCGAAAGGACCCAGUGCCAGAUUUGGCGGCCUGGGUGACCAGCUUUGCUGCCCAGCGGUAUGGGGUCUCCCACCCGGACGCAGGGGCAGCGUGGAGGCUCCUGCUCAGGAGUGUGUACAAUUGCUCCGGGGAGGCCUGCAGGGGCCACAAUCACAGCCCGCUGGUCAGGCGGCCGUCCCUACAGAUGAAUACCACCGUCUGGUACAACCGAUCUGAUGUGUUUGAGGCUUGGCGGCUGCUGCUCUCAGCUGCCGCCACCCUGGCUGCCAGCCCCACCUUCCGCUAUGACCUGCUGGACGUCACUCGGCAGGCGGUGCAGGAGCUGGUCAGCUUGUACUACGAGGAGGCGAGGAGUGCCUACCUGAGCAAGGAGCUGCGUUCCCUGUUGAGGGCUGGAGGCAUCCUGGCCUAUGAGCUGCUGCCGGCGCUGGACGAGGUACUGGCUAGUGACAGCCACUUCUUGCUGGGCAGCUGGCUGGAACAGGCCAGAGCAGUGGCGGUCAGUGAGGCCGAGGCUGAUUUCUAUGAGCAGAACAGCCGCUACCAGCUGACUCUAUGGGGGCCAGAAGGCAACAUCCUGGACUACGCCAACAAGCAGCUGGCAGGGCUGGUGGCCUGCUACUAUACCCCUCGCUGGCGGCUCUUCCUGGAGGCGCUGGCUACCAGCGUGGCCCAGGGCAUCCCUUUCCAGCAGCACCAGUUUGACAAAAAUGUCUUCCAACUGGAGCAGGCCUUUGUCCUCAGCAAGCAGAGGUAUCCCAGCCAGCCCCGAGGAGACACUGUGGACCUGGCCAAGAAGAUCUUCCUCAAAUAUUACCCCCGCUGGGUGGCCAGCGCUUGGGAAUAGAUUCACCACCCCUGGGCCUUGCUUUACACUAACUCCAGGCCGGGGCAGGUUUCCAGGGCCCGGAGUUGGACAAGCAUCACAGGGUAUCCCAGGCCUGGGAGGAGGUCCCACGGCCUGCUGGUGGGGUCUGGCCUUGGGGGAAUUGGAGGAAAGUGAGCUGUCCUUCACCACCACCCAAAGUGUGGGAUUAAAGUACUGUUUUCUAUCCACUUAAA